GGACUGUGCAGUGCUAUGGUCAGAGGGUCGAACGUCGGGCAAAGCAUUCUAGCGACGGAACGGAUUGACCCUGCACGUAAUUGCGAUCGUUCUCCGGGUGUUUUACACCAAACGCAAAGCAGCAGAAAGGCUGAAAAAGAGAUGUUGUCCACUCGAAACAUAUCACAGAGUUUUGCGAAAUAUCUCUCUCCUAAGGUCGUAACUGUAAGUUGCCAAAGAACAGUUAUUCCUCCUGUUGUCGAAACAACAAAAGCAGUUACAUACUCAAAAUCUAACUAUUGUAUCAGCCCUUUUUUGGGACCCACUGCAAAAUGGUCAGUUGUCAAAUCUGGACUUGGUAAAUUCCAGCAACGCUUUAGUCACACAGACGUCUCUGUACCUGACUUUUCCGACUAUCGACGCGACUCAACAAAAGACCCGACAGUCAACAGCAAUGAAUCCGACAUUUCUCGUCGUGCGUUUACGUACGUCAUGGUUGCAGGUUUGGGUGUUACUGGCGCACAUGCUGGUAAAAACCUGGCUAUCGACUUCCUAUCUUCAAUGAGUGCUUCUGCAGAUGUGCUCGCUGUAGCAAAAGUUGAAGUCGACCUUACAACAAUUCCUCCAGGUAAAAACGCCACUAUCAAAUGGCGUGGUAAGCCGUUAUUUGUUCGUCAUCGUACCCAAGAAGAGAUUGAUCAAGUGCGUGCUGUUGACUCUGGUUCUUUGAGAGAUCCUGCAAGAGACGAGGACCGUGUCAAACACCCCAACUACUUGGUUUUAUUGGGUGUAUGCACUCACUUGGGGUGUGUACCUAUUGCAAACGCAGGUGAUUUUGGUGGAUAUUAUUGUCCUUGUCAUGGUUCACAUUAUGAUGCUUCGGGAAGGAUAAGGAAAGGACCAGCUCCACUAAAUUUGGAAAUCCCCCCAUACGAAUUCUCGGACGACACUACGUUGGUGGUCGGAUAACGCAUGUGGUGACUUUUAACAUCUGAAAGUGUAUAAAUAUAAAUUUAAUCUGUCUCUGAAUAAAGUGAACGUUAUCAGUGUGUUUUA